UUUGUAUUCAAUAAUCGCGUCUAUUAAUUCGUAUUUGAAUUUUACAAUCGUCGAAAAAUUCGCCUUUUACUUAUUGAUGUAAUUUUGACUUUUCUAAGAUGAACUAUAUAAUCAUGAAACCCACAUAUUUCCUCUUUUUCUAUUUUUUUGCGGCCGCUACACCUUCCCUGUUAACAAAGGAACAAAAGGUCUAUCAGAAAAUUCAAAUGCUAGAUAAUUCUUUUUAUAAUAUCACGAAAAAUGGAGAAGUAAUUUACAUAGGACCUGUGGAAGGAUACGAGGUUGAAGACACAACCCACUUAUUUAUUGUUAAUGGAUAUGAACUUUACUACUUGAAUGCCGAAAGAAGAGACAACAUGACAUACAGUUCACCGAACAACGAUGUUAUUGCUACUGUCCUUCCUGAUCCUGAAAUAACUGAAAUAAUUAGUGGAGAUUUAUCAGCGUUGCAAAGUGAACAUCUAAAAGUAGAAUAUAUCAAAAUUUUGUAUCAAAAUUUUCAGCAGAAUUUUAUUCAGUACAAAGAAAACUGUAGUGAUUCGGAUGAUGUACAACUUACUAAUAUUACUUACAGCAUAUAUGAGACAACUAUGUUAAAUAUUUUAAAUUUAUUACAAAAUAAACAAGUAAUUACCUCUUGAUCCACUUCUUCUUCCGGUGGCUUAUCCUUAUAAGGACGUUGGCCAUUACAUUUGCCCAUUUAAUCUUAUUUGCAGCCGCCCUGAUUAGUUCUAUGGAGGUCAUGUUCGUCCAUUGUCGUAGGUUUUUAAGCCAAGAGUUGCGUCUUCUUCCUUAUCCCCCUUUGCUAUUGAUUUUGCUUUCGAUUAUAAGUUGGAGCAGUUCAUACUUUUGAUUUCUUACGAUGUGACCAAAAUAUUAUGUUUUCCGUUCUUUUAUUAUAAGUAUAGGACUUAAAAUAAAUGAAGAAAAGACAAAAUAUAUGAUAAUGGGAGAGAUCCAAAAAGAAAAAGAGAAUAACAUCAUAGUACAAAUAGAUGGAGAAAAAACAUACUCGUUUAAAAGAGCCAAAGAAAUUAUUUACCUGGGAGCCAAAAUAGAUGAAAAUGGUCAUGAAGAAGGGGAGAUAAAGGCAAGAAUAGCUAAAGGAAAUAAAAAAUAUGGAGCAUUACGCACAUUAUUGAAAUCCAAAUACGUAUCAAGAAAAACAAAAAUAAGAAUUUAUAAGACUGUUAUCAGACCAACAGUAACAUACGCAAGCGAAACAUGGGUGCUCAAAAAGUCAGAAACAGACCUGUUAGAAAGAUGGGAGAGAAAAAUGCAAAGAGCAAUAUAUGGAGGUGUGAAAAUAGAAGGUCAGUGGAGAAGAAGAACCAAUAAAGAAUUGGAAGAACUAUAUCAAGAGCCAACGAUUACGACGACGAUCAAAGCACAGAGAAUACGAUACUUGGGGCACAUAGAGAGAAUGGGAAGUAAACGAAUGCCAAAAAUGGUACUUUCACGAAGACCAAUACAAAAGAGGAGGAAAGGCAGGCCAAGGAAAAGAUGGAAGGACAGUGUAUAUGAAGACUUGAAGAAAAGUAACAUUGAGAGGUGGAAAGAACUAGCAUUGGACAGAAGGAGAUGGAGAGAGGUUGUGAAGGAGUGUAUAAAAAGACUGAAGUGUAUUUAAAUAAAAUUUAUAAGUUAUGUAAGUUAUAUUAAGUUAUUUACUAUAUUAUUUAUGUAAUCAGAAAUGUAAACAUUUUAGCCCUAGGCCUACAAGGCCUG